CUUUGCUUGAGGUAAGUGCGCGUCAAAAGUUCGGCCGGCUGGGGGCUGGUUUGACUGUAUUUCUGUGAAGUGUUGUGUUAAUUGUGAGGAGGCGCAUAAGUUUGCUUCAAAAUGGAAGAAAUCGGUCUUACUGUAUCACAUGAAAAGGUCGAAGAUCCAGUGGGGGACACGAAAACCACCCUGAAUCUGGCAUCAAAUUUGUAUGGAAACCUGGAUUCUGAUGAUCUCUACACAAAAUACAAGAAGCUGCAGCAGCAGCUUGAGUUUCUGGCGGUACAGGAGGAGUACAUUAAGGACGAACAGCGCAAUCUGAAAAAGGAGUUUCUGCACGCGCAGGAGGAGGUAAAGCGCAUCCAGUCGGUACCGCUUGUCAUUGGCCAGUUCCUCGAGGCAGUUGAUCAGAACACAGGCAUUGUUGGUAGUACCACAGGCUCUAACUUCCAUGUGCGGAUCUUGUCAACACUGGACCGGGAGCUUUUGAAGCCCUCCGCUAGUGUGGCGCUGCAUAAACAUAGCAAUGCGCUGGUGGAUGUGCUGCCUCCAGAAGCUGACUCCUCCAUAUCCAUGCUCUCGCCUGAUGAGAAGCCAGAUGUCUCAUACUCAGACAUUGGAGGAAUGGAUAUCCAGAAACAAGAGAUGCGCGAGGCCGUGGAGCUGCCACUGACGCACUUCCAGCUGUACAAGCAGAUCGGCAUCGACCCGCCGCGCGGCGUGCUCAUGUACGGCCCGCCCGGCUGUGGCAAGACCAUGCUGGCCAAGGCGGUGGCGCAUCAUACGACCGCGUCGUUUAUUCGCGUGGUUGGCUCGGAGUUUGUACAAAAAUACCUGGGCGAGGGCCCGCGCAUGGUGCGCGACGUGUUCCGGCUGGCCAAGGAGAACUCGCCGGCCAUCAUCUUCAUCGAUGAAAUCGAUGCCAUCGCUACCAAGCGGUUCGAUGCGCAGACGGGCGCCGACCGGGAAGUACAGCGCAUUCUGCUGGAGCUGCUGAACCAGAUGGACGGCUUCGACCAGACCACCAACGUCAAGGUGAUCAUGGCCACGAACCGGGCCGACACGCUGGACCCGGCGCUGCUGCGGCCCGGCCGUCUGGACAGAAAAAUCGAGUUCCCCAUGCCGGACCGCCGUCAGAAGCGGCUCAUCUUCGCCACCAUCACCAGCAAGAUGAACCUGAGCGACGAGGUCGAUCUGGAGGACUACGUGGCGCGGCCGGACCGCAUCAGUGGCGCCGACAUCAACGCCAUCGUCCAGGAGGCCGGCAUGCACGCCGUCCGAGAGAACCGCUACAUCGUGCUGCCCAAAGACUUUGAGAAGGGAUACAAGAACAACAUCCAAAAGGACGACCAAGAGCACGACUUUUACAAGUAGACUGUCCGAGCAGUCUGCUGGGUGCCGGUGUUUGGUCCCCGGUACAGCUGGUGGUGCGGCAUCCGCCAAUGGCACUGCGUUGCUGGGCAUGGCUCCCAGGCUUAGUGGAUUCGUGUGUCGUGCACCGCUGAAAGUGACAAAUAUACUUCCGUUACACAAAAAAAAAAA